AUGCCGGAGGUGCCGGCGGGUUGGCCGCCCACGCUGGGCCGGGAAGCCUUCGACAAACCGUCCCUCGUCCUCAACUGCACGCGCGGCACCGGCCGCACCAAAGUCGGCGGGGAGACGCAGGCGGACACGUCACCGUACGCCAAGGCAGGGUUCCACGGGCGCCUCCUGUGGGCGACGUACCGGCUGAACGGGCUCACCAUGGUCUACCCGCUGGACCUGUACGAGGUGCGCCUGCUCGACCUGUCGGACAACCGCAUCCGAUCCGUGCACUCGGGGGCCUUCUCCAACAUGCGCCUACUGCAGCGCCUCUCCCUCGCCCGGAACAUCCUUACCGAACUCAACAAAAAGGUGUUUUCUGGCCUCAGUUCGCUGGAGUUCAUCGAUCUUGCUCAGAAUCAGCUCAAGUCCUUGCAGGUUGAUUCGUUUACCAGCGUCGAGAGCCUGCACUUUCUCAACCUCUCUGGCAACGCUAUUGAGAAAAUUGAGCCACGAGCACUGUUCGCCUUCGCACCGAAUUUACAGGUGUUGGACCUGUCCCACAAUAAGCUAACCACCCUGGAGGAGAACAUGUUCCACGGACUGUCUGGACUUACCGAGCUCUACCUCUCCGGUAAUAGUCUUCAGACACUUGACCUCGCCAUGUUGGCUCCAGUCGACGCUCUCCAGGUGCUAGACGUAUCGGGCAACAUGCUGGACGGAGUGGUGGGCAGUGGCCCCAAGUCAGUACGCGACGUGCGGGCAGGCAACAACCGGUUGUUGGAGGUGCAACAGUUGCUGGCUGGCUUCCCGUUGGCCACCAUCCUGCGCGUGCCCGACAACGCCAUCACCAGCCUCGACGGGGUCGGGCUCCACAAUCUCGUGGAGCUGGACAUCUCGGGGAACCCCCUGUCGUCCCUGCCGGCAGAGCUGUCGGCCCCGUCGCUGCGCCGCCUGGAGGCGUCGCGCUGCAGCUUCGAGUCGGUGCCGCCGCAGCUGACGGGAGACCGCCUGCCCAGCCUGGAGGUCCUCGUCCUGGACGGCAACAAGCUGCUGCGCAGCGUCUUCUUCCCGAAGAACGCGGCCUUCCUGCGCCUGCGAUACCUCUCCCUCAGCAGCCUGCCGCUUCUGCAAGAGGUGACUGCAGGAGCAUUUGAUGGGUUACUGAAGGCAGAAACAGGUGACGUUGCAGAGAGUUCUACUGGUGGUGACAACUGUAGAACUGGCACUCUGCAACUGCGACUCUCUCACAACAACAUGCUGAGCAGCUUGCAGCCAGACUCUUUUCAGGGAUUGCCUCUGUGUACGCUGGAUUUGAGUGGCAAUGCCCUGGAGACCCUAGAUCAGACUACAGUUCAGUGGGAAAAUCUAGAAUGGAUUGAUCUGCAGCACAAUCCUUGGGAUUGCCAAUGCUCCCUGCAGUGGAUGGUGGACACUGUCGUUACACUUCUAUACCCAACAACUCAUGCUGACCUUCUGUACGAGCUCAGAUGUAGCACACCUGCAGCAUUGCGAGGAAGGAGAUUAGUACAUUUCUUCAAUCAGUCGAAGCCUGCACUGUGCAGGGAACCAUUCAGUCGCAUGACAGCAGCCUCAGACGGAGAUGUGAAUGUCAGCCUUACUAUGGGUGGCUCAGGUGUGGCACUUGGUGUCAUACUAGGAUUGUGUGUGCUGCUGAUCAUCCUGAUAGUGAUUGGUGUUGCUCUCACAUGGAGACGGCGAACUGCUGUGCGCAGGCGAAACCGCCGUUUCUAACCGAUGAAAAUGGUAUGAUUGAGUAAGGAGAUGUCAAAGUGUGUGGUGAUUGAGACCAGAUGACUGGUUUAUAGUCUGAUGCUUAAUCACUAUCUAUCAGUAGUGAUCAAUUUUUUAAAGACCAUGUUUAUUAUCUUAUAUAUGUGACAACCAGGUACAUUUCAUGAUUAGAUGUAUCUGAAGAAAUUGCUAAAUUGCAAACAGGGGAAUGGCCUACACAGUAGUUGGAGAAACAUUCCAUAUUUCUUACGUAGGUCUACAUCUGUUCUCCUCACUUCUCUGGGGAUAAAAACACAUAAAAUAAGAGCUUUCUAUUGUUGAAAGUCAAGCAGCAGCCAUUAUGAUAUACAAUUAUUUCGCCAAUAUUAUUUACAAAUUUUGAAAAGCUUCUUUAAUUACUCACACAUUUAACAUAUGUUGUGUCUUUCUUUCCAUCUUCAUAUCCAUUUCUUCAACCUGCUGAGAGGCACAAAUAUAUUAACUAUGGCUGUCAUAUUGAUAAGCCAUCAGUAAUGGCAAAAAAAUUAGGAAUGCUAAUUCAACAUUACUGUAUCUCCUUAUAGUGCUGAAGUACAUCCAAGUUUUUGAAACUUAUCAUUUCCCUCUUUCGUGUCCAGUAUAAAACGAUUUGAAUCAUACAGAGUAAUAUGUGUAUUGCAAAUUCUAUUUACUGUAACAAAGAAGCACAUGUGUGUUAGAUUGUAAUGACAAGGAUUCAACAACUAAAUGGUGGAAGAAAAAGUACAUUAUUUGCAAGGAGGUGGUGCAGUAAUAUGAUAGAUGUUAAACAGGAGGAGUAUAAGUGAAUUAAUUUCUUCUACAGAUUCUAGUGUUAGCACAUUGAGUAUUGAGUGUUAUGACGUUGAGUAUUGCAACAAGAUGUCGUAAUAAUAUCAACUUAGUUGUACAAACCUGUAGUGCAAUUAUUAAU